UCUCGCCCCGCCUAGCGGAGGGAGCGGGCGGCAGCUAUGGCGGCGGUUCUGUCCCCGCGGGUGUGUGACAGCGACCCGGCCACGCCCGGUGCCCAGUCCCUGAAGGAUGACACAGAAGAAAAUUCAAAUGAUAGCAGCCAGCCAUCAAAAAGACGACGUAUGGGCUCGGGGGACAGUUCUCGAAGUUGUGAAACUUCUAGUCAAGAUCUUGGCUUUAGCUACUUUCCUGCUGAAAAUUUGAUAGAAUACAAAUGGCCACCUGAUGAAACGGGAGAAUACUAUAUGCUUCAGGAGCAAGUCAGUGAAUACUUGGGUGUGACCUCAUUUAAACGAAAAUAUCCAGAUUUAGAGAGACGAGAUCUGUCUCAUAAGGAAAAACUCUACCUCAGAGAACUAAAUGUCAUCACAGAGACUCAGUGUACUUUAGGUCUAACAGCCUUACGCAGUGAUGAAGUGAUUGAUUUGAUGAUUAAAGAAUAUCCUGCCAAACACGCUGAGUAUUCUGUAAUACUGCAAGAAAAAGAACGUCAGCGAAUAACAGAUCAUUAUAAAGAGUACUCUCAAAUGCAACAACAGAACACACAAAAAGUAGAAGCUAGUAAAGUUCCAGAAUAUAUUAAGAAAGCUGCCAAGAAAGCUGCAGAGUUUAACAGCAAUUUAAACCGGGAACGAAUGGAAGAAAGAAGAGCCUAUUUUGAUUUACAGACACAUAUUAUCCAGGUGCCUCAAGGAAAAUACAAAAUAUUACCUACAGAGAGAACAAAGGUUAGUCCUUAUCCAGUGGCUCUCAUACCAGGCCAGUUCCAGGAGUACUACAAAAGAUACUCCCCAGAUGAACUUCGUUAUUUGCCAUUAAACACAGCCCUUUAUGAACCACCUUUGGAUCCAGAACUGCCUGCACUGGACAGUGAUGGAGAUUCGGAUGAUGCAGAAGAGGGUCGAGGGGACGACAAACGGAAAAUCAAAGGCAAUUCGGACAACUCAUCUGGCAAUGUGUCUGAAGGUGAAUGCGCCAAUGACAACCAGGAGGAUUCUUUUCAGGGAAGACAAAAAACAAGAGACAAAAGUGCUACUCCAAGAAAAGAUGGUUCCAAACGUUCUGUACUGUCCAAAUCAGUUCCUGGGUACAAGACCCAAACUCAUGCCAGUAUUUUCAAGAAUAUGAAAUCCAAAGAUGAAGCUUGAAAAAGUGUUAGCAUUGUUUAACUUUACAUUAGAGAUUGUAUGCGACUGGUCUGACAGAAAAAGGAGCUUCAUUUAGGUAUGAAGACCACAAAGUACAGUAUCUGUUGGUUAGUCUGCUCUGUCUAGUGGUCUUUUGAAUACAUAGAGAGAACGAAUGAAACAGAACCAUUUGUAAGGUUCUGAACUCCUAAAUGUAGAGCUGUACAAGUAAUGCAGUACUGCAGUUUGAAAAUGGACCCAAAUGGCUAUUACCCAUUAAUUUAAACUACCGAUUAUGUUAGUAACAAAGCAAUUAGUGCAAGCUAACUCGAUAACUUACAGUGCCAAAAUAUUUGUAUGGCACGUCUUCACAACUUCAGCGUACCUAGCAUUACUCAAAGGUGAUGCAUCAGGCUGUUGAUACCUCAAGAGGUGGCACAGCUGUGCAUUUUUUUUAAAUGGGAAUUUUAAAACAUCUUUAGUAUGCCCCUUACAUGAAAUAUCUUAAAACUGAUUAGAUGUGAACAUUCUUGUUAGAGGUGGCCUACAAAAUGAUUGAACAGAUAUUGAUAUACCAGAACGUACCUAAAUAUGAAGGCACUUGAAGCUGAAGGCUAUAAAUGGAUCUUAAAUGUCCCUUUACAUUCUGGGGUUUUGGGUAAUAUUUUUCCUCUGUAUUAUUCAGUUUGUCCACAUUUUAUAGGAUAAUCUUUAGGUUACAUUUAAUUAAAAUUGAAGGAUAAUUGCUGCAACAUCAAUAUAUAUAAGUGAAUAGCUAUAGUCAAUACAGUAUAAAUGAUACAAUGGAAUUCUCAUAUUUACUUCUCUUUUUAAGCAGGAAAACUGGUGUAUUUUGUGUGAAGCCAUUUUUAUUAAGUGUCACCCUUUUAACUGAUAUGGUUAGCAUGUUUUAUAUUUCGUUACAUCACAAAGUGUAUGCGUCUUGGAUGUUGUUGCAAUUGAUGCAGGACUGGCUACUACAUUGCACACACAGGGUUCUGUUCUCAGAGUUCAGGAGGUUUUUGCACAUAAUAAAUCUGCCAUGUGUUGAGCUACUAGGUCCCCAAAACAUUUUGCCAUGGGUUCACUAUAUAUGAAAUUUAAAUGCCUUGCCCACAGGCAGUAGGACCUCAGAGAAAAAUCAUGCUUGUCUGGGUGGUUGCAAUGCUUGAUUUGAGACUCUGAGCUGCAGCACAGCAGCAUGGAAGUUAGUUACAGAGUCCCUCUGCCUCACCCUUCAUCAAAAUAAGAUGAAGGUGAUUUGGAAAAUAAAAUGGUCAAAUGGGAUAUUAUGAUUUCCCAUACAGGAUAGACAGAUAUUUUCAUAGUGUUCCCUAAAAGCCAUUUAAUUUCUUUAGGCUGGUAGAACUUGAAUUGCUUUGAAAUGUGAAUACCUUGUGUUUUGUUUGGUUUGUUUUUCUCCCUCCCCCCCCACCCCCUUUUUUUUUUUUUUUAAAAAGAGUGCUUCCAUACCUUGGGGCUCUCUGUUUUUAAUAUGCUGUGAUUAUUUCAGUUUCUAGUGAACACAAGUUAGUAGAGUGGAAGUAGAGGGAAGUAUUAACAAUAAAUACACAUAAGUCAGUGUCUAAUUUUAUAAUUAUAUGUAUCAAAGUAUUAACUACACAUACACUAACAGGGGUACAGUAACCAAAAGUUAGUUCACUUUAGUUUCAUUGGAGUGAGAGGGAGUUUGCUGCUGUAUAUUAUGGCAGUAUAGUAUGAAUAAUUCAUAGCUGAAAUAGAAUUUGGAUUAGAGAAGUGCACUUGCUAUUUUAGAGAGGUUUGUUUUACUUAGCUAUAGGUAAAAGAACACAACAAAAACCUUACUCUUAGAAUGUAGCAGUAAGCAACAAGAGGGUAGAUAAACACAGCAAGACUGAGGUUUAAGUAUGUGCCACUAUCCUUUUGUUGGGAAGAGCAGGGUAUACAAGGUAUAUAUGUAGGAGACAUAGAAUAGUUACCAGUAAGAAUUUUCUAUGUAUGCUUUCACUUCCAUGAUAUUUAUUUUGUAGAGACAUUUGUGAAUGUUAGACUUCUUUUACAGUUUUACUAUAUUUAUGUAUAAAACAGGUUUGACUAUGCUUUUUUAAAAUAAAUAAGCAAAAAAAGUCUCUCUGAA